GAUGAAAAUGGGAAUUGCUCUGGUGAAGGUAUUGAGUUUCCAACAACUAACUUGUAUGAACUGGAGAGCAGAGUUUUAACAGAUCACUGGUCCAUACCCUAUAAGCGGGAAGAGUCUCUAGGCAAGUGCCUAAUUGCAUCCACCUGCCUGGCAAGACUAGGUCUUUCUGAUUCUGAUGAGAAUUGCAAGAGAUUUAUGGACAGAUGUAUGCCUGAAGCAUUUAAAAAGCUGUUGACAUCCAGUGCUGUUCACAAAUGGGGAACUGAAAUCCAUGAAGGAAUAUACAACAUGCUUAUGCUGCUAGUGGACCUAGUUGCAGAAAGAGUAAAACAAGAUCCUAUUCCUGUGGGCCUGCUCAGUGUACUUACAAUGGCUUUUAACCCUGACAAUGAGUAUCAUUUCAAGAAUCGAAUGAAGGUAUGCCAGAGAAACUGGGCAGAAGUCUUCAGGGAGGGGAACAUGCAUGCUGUCUCGCCCAUAUCCACUUUUCAAAAGGAACCUCAUGGGUGGCUGGUGGAUCUGAUAAACAGGUUUGCAGAGUUGGAUGGAUUUUUAGCAAUUCAGUCCAAACUCAAUUCAGAAGAUAUUGAGCUUGGGGCAAUCUCUGCAUUAGUUCAACCAUUUGGAGUUUGUGCAGAAUAUCUUAACUCUUCUGUAGUACAGCCCAUGCUGGAUCCAAUCAUUCAUAAAAUGAUUAAAUAUGUACAGAAUGUAGAAGAGAAGGACUUGAAAGACAAGAGACUGGUCAGUAUACCUGAGCUCUUGUCUGGUAUCAAACUGCUGUGUAUGCGCUUCCAACCUGAUUUGGUAACUGUGGUAGAUGACUUACGGCUGGACAUUCUGUUGCGCAUGUUAAAAUCUCCUCACUUCAGUGCAAAGAUGAAUUCCCUCAAAGAAGUAACGAAAUUAAUAGAAGACAGCACCGUAUCCAAGUCAGUGAAGAAUGCAAUAGAUACAGACAGAUUACUAAAUUGGCUAGUGGAAAAUUCUGUCCUGUCAAUUGCUCUAGAAGGUAAUAUAGACCAAGCGCAAUACUGUGAUCGUAUAAAGGGAAUUAUUGAACUGCUGGGCAGUAAAUUAUCUUUAGAUGAGCUCACUAAAAUUUGGAGAAUUCAGUCUGGACAGUCCUCCACUGUGAUUGAAAACAUACACACCAUUAUUGCUGCAGCUGCUGUGAAGUUUAGCUCUGAUCAGCUCAAUCAUUUAUUUGUCCUAAUCCAAAAGAGCUGGGAGACAGAGAGUGAUAGAGUGCGACAGAAGCUGUUGAGCCUGAUAGGGCGCAUUGGUCGAGAAGCACGGGUGGAGACAACGACUGGAAAGGUUCUGGAGGUACUUUGGGAGCUGGCUCAUCUUCCGACAUUACCGUGUAGUCUUAUUCAGCAGGCCUUGGAGGAACAUCUGACGAUCCUCAGUGAUGCCUAUGCAGUGAAAGAGGCAAUCAAAAGAAACUACAUCAUCAAAUGCAUAGAGGAUAUUAAGAGGUCGUCCCAGCACAAUAAUCCUCAAUUUGUGUGGGUGGUGCCAGCAUUACGUCAGCUCCAUGAAAUCACACGUUCAUUUAUUAAGCAAACUUACCAAAAACAAGACAAGAGCAUUAUUCAAGAUCUAAAGAAAAACUUUGAAAUAGUGAAGCUGGUGACAGGAAGCUUAAUAUCAUGCCACCGUUUGGCUGCAUCUGUGGCAGGUCCAGGAGGGCUUGUUGGAGCAACAUUAGUGGAUGGCCGAUACACUUACAGGGAGUAUUUGGAGGCACAUCUAAAAUUUUUGGCAUUUUUUCUGCAAGAAGCCACCCUUUAUUUGGGCUGGAAUCGUGCCAGGGAGAUCUGGGAAUGCCUUGUAACUGGCCAGGACGUUUGUGAGUUAGAUCGAGAGAUGUGCUUUGAGUGGUUUACAAAAGGACAGCAUGAUCUAGAGAGUGAUGUGCAGCAACAGCUCUUCAAAGAGAAAAUUCUUAAACUGGAGUCGUAUGAAAUCACUAUGAAUGGUUUUAGUUUAUUUAAGACUUUCUUUGAAAAUGUGAACCUGUGUGACCAUCGACUAAAGAGGCAAGGUACUCAGUUGAGUGUAGAAAAACUAGAAUUAAUAGGAAUGGAUUUCAUUUGGAAGAUUGCAAUGGAGUCACCUGAUGAAGAAAUUGCCAAUGAAGCUAUUCAACUCAUAAUAAAUUACAGCUAUAUCAAUCUAACUCCUAGAUUGAAAAAGGAUUCAGUAUCACUGCACAAGAAAUUCAUUGCUGAUUGCUACACACGAUUAGAGGCAGCCAGCUCUGCACUUGGUGGUCCAACGUUAACACAUGCUGUUACAAGAGCUACAAAAAUGCUUACAGCAACUGCUAUGCCUACAGUAGCAACAUCAGUUCAGUCUCCUUACAGGUCAACUAAACUUGUAAUAAUUGAGAGACUGCUGCUGUUGGCAGAGCGUUAUGUGAUAACAAUAGAGGAUCUUUACUCUGUUCCCCGAACUAUUCUACCUCAUGGUGCCUCUUUCCAUGGACAUCUUUUAACACUUAAUGUUACAUAUGAGUCUACCAAAUAUACCUUCACCAUAGAGGCUCAUAGCAAUGAAACUGUAGGGAGCGUCAGGUGGAAGAUAGCAAAGAGGUUGAAUUCGCCUGUGGAUAAUAUACAGAUAUUUGCCAAUGACAGCCUGCUAACCGUAAACAAAGAUCAGAAACUACUCCACCAGCUGGGCUUCUCUGAUGAACAAGUCCUUACAGUAAAAACAUCAGGAAGUGGGACUCCAUCAGGGAGCUCUGCAGAUUCCUCAACCAGUUCCAGCAACAGUGGCAGUGUAUUUAGUUCAUCUUAUGCAAUGGAACAGGAGAAAUCCCUCCCUGGAGUCGUCAUGGCUCUCGUGUGUAAUGUGUUUGACAUGCUUUAUCAGCUUGCCAACCUAGAGGAGCCAAGGAUAACACUGCGAGUGAGGAAACUUCUGCUCUUGAUUCCCACUGACCCAGCUAUUCAGGAGGCUCUUGAUCAGCUUGAUUCCCUGGGAAGGAAGAAAACACUGCUAUCGGAACCAAGUUCUCAGUCUUCAAAAUCACCAUCCUUGUCUUCAAAACACCAACAUCAGCCCAGUGCAAGUUCAAUACUAGAAAGUCUUUUCCGAUCUUUUGCUCCAGGCAUGUCCACCUUCAGAGUACUCUACAAUUUAGAGGUACUGAGUUCCAAGCUGAUGCCAACUGCAGAUGAUGAAAUGGCAAGAAACUGUGCCAAGUCUUUCUGUGAAAACUUCCUCAGAGCAGGAGGUUUGAGUUUGGUGGUGAAUGUGAUGCAGAGAGAUUCCAUCCCAUCAGAAGUAGACUAUGAAACAAGACAGGGAGUCUAUUCCAUCUGCCUGCAACUUGCAAGGUUCUUGCUUGUUGGCCAGACAAUGCCUACCUUACUGGAUGAAGAUUUCAUUAAAGAUGGGGUAGAAGCAUUGUCCUCACGCCCCUUCCGUAAUGUCAGCCGACAAGCAAGUAGGCAGAUGUCCAUUUGUGGAACACCUGAGAAAUCAUCCUACCGACAGCUCUCUGUGUCUGAUAGAUCCUCCAUUAGGGUGGAAGAAAUCAUACCAGCAGCAAGAGUUGCCAUACAAACUAUGGAGGUGAAUGAUUUCACUUCCACAGUGGCUUGCUUCAUGCGACUCUCUUGGGCUGCUGCUGCAGGACGGCUGGACCUCGUGGGAAGUAGUCAACCAAUAAAAGAGAGCAACACUUUAUUUCCUGCUGGGAUUCGAAACAGACUUAGCAGCUCAGGAAGUAAUUGCAGUUCAGGAAGUGAAGGAGAGCCAGCUGCGCUUCAUGCUGGUAUCUGUGUGAGACAGCAGUCUGUAUCCACCAAAGAUGCUCUGAUUGCUGGGGAAGCCUUGUCUCUCUUAGUAACCUGCCUUCAGCUACGCAGUCAGCAACUAGGAUCUUUUUACAAUUUGCCUUGUGUUGCCGAUUUCAUCAUUGACAUACUGCUUGGAUCACCAAGUGCUGAG